UAUCUAAGUUUAGUUCUAACCCUUUGGGCAUUGGAGAUUGGAAUCCUCCUCGACAAGUAUCAAUGGCUCUAAAUCUCUGUAUCUCCCCUAAGUGUAAAUGGGUUGGUUCACUUUCCAUAGAUAAUACUUGUUCUUCAAGAUUACAACUUGGUUCUUCUUUUGUUUCGGGUUCUAAGAAUGGGAACAUGAACAUUCCUAGUAUGAGUCUUAGUUUUAGUACUGCUAGAGCUUUGAGUUUGAGGAGGAGUGCAAGUGUUACUGUAAGAUCCAGCUUGGACACAGCGGGGCCCACAGUAACCGUGGGACAGGUCACUGAGGUUAACAAAGACACCUUCUGGCCGAUUGUUAAGGCUGCUGGAGAUAAAACAGUUGUCCUUGAUAUGUACACUCAAUGGUGUGGUCCUUGCAAAGUAAUGGCUCCAAAGUUUCAAGAAUUAUCUGAAAAGUAUCUGGAUGUUGUGUUUCUAAAGCUUGAUUGCAACCAAGACAACAAGCCCUUGGCAAAAGAGCUGGGAAUUAAAGUGGUUCCCACUUUUAAAAUUCUGAAGGACAACAAGGUUGUAAAAGAAGUUACUGGUGCUAAAUAUGAUGAUUUGGUGGUUGCCAUAGACACUGUUCGAUCUAGCUAAAGAAUAUAACUGUUCUCUUUCUAUGUAAAAAUAUUAUGCUUGACACCCUUUGUAAGUAUUUCAUGCAAUUGUAAGCUGAUGAUGUUUGGAAGAUGAAGAAAUGUCAUCACGUGAUUGUAGUAAACCGUAAUUGACUUUUCCCUAAGCCAGGAAGAGUUUCUCAAAAUUAUUUUUGUUAUCAAAUUCAUCAUGCGGG